UAGCAAGUUGUGACCUAGUGGCGUUCAAUAAGGUCGGCUGCUGGCAAACCCUUGGUUUAAAAUUUUCGACUCCGAAUUCGAUACGUUAGAUUCCUCUAAAUUACUAAACGUGUAGUAUACUACUCAACUUGAUACAAAAAUAUCAAUAACAUCGCGUCUCAGUUAAAAGAACAGUAACAGACGUCGACCAGACAAAUAAGGACAAUGUUACGUUCAAUCGCUGCGAAACGAAAUGAAUUGGGCGCCCUACGCGCCGUCUUUCUCAGGGCACAGGCGGUGCGACGUGGAGCCAAUUGCGGAGUCCGAGCCUUGAGCAGCACACGCAAUCAUUUGGCAAACAGGUUAACACCAAAUGGCAAGCCGAUUCUCAGCCGACCCCAAACACUGUCGCCAUGGAGCUACAAUUUUGCCCGUGCCUACGCCAACUUGCCGGACCAUAUACGCGUGGCGCUGCCUGCCCUGUCGCCCACCAUGGAUCGCGGCUCGAUUGUGGGCUGGGAGAAGAAGGAGGGCGAUAAGCUAAAUGAAGGCGACUUGCUAUGCGAAAUCGAAACGGAUAAGGCCACGAUGGGUUUCGAGACGCCCGAGGAGGGUUAUCUGGCCAAGAUUUUGGUGCCCGGCGGCUCCAAGGAUGUGCCCGUUGGCAAGCUGGUGUGCAUCAUUGUGCCCGAUCAGGCCAGCAUUGCUGCCUUUAAGGAUUUCGUUGACGAUGCUCCCGCUGCAGCACCGGCUGCUGCUGCUGCUGCAGCGCCUCCACCGCCACCACCAGCAGCUGCACAGGCUCCGGCACCCGCUGCCGCUGCCGCUCCUGCACCAGCGCCAGCAGCACCCGCGCCAAGUCCAGCUGCCGCACCAGGUACCGCUUCCGCGCCAAGCGGCGGUCGUGUCUAUGCAAGUCCCAUGGCCAAGAAAUUAGCCGAAACUCAAAAGCUGCGUUUACAAGGCAAAGGUUCCGGCGUCCAUGGCUCACUUAAAUCUGGUGAUCUUGCAGCCUCGCAACCAGCGUCGAAGCCAGCUGCCAAGGCGGCGGCUGCCGCGCCCGGUGCCCGCUUCAAGGACAUCCCAGUGACCACCAUGCGCGCAGUCAUUGCCAAGCGCCUGCUGGAGUCCAAGCAGAAACUGCCACACUACUAUGUCACCGUCGAGUGCCAGGUGGACAAGCUAUUGAAGUUGCGCGCUCAAGUGAACAAAAAGUACGAGAAGCAGGGCGCACGCGUUUCCGUUAACGAUUUCAUCAUCAAGGCUGUGGGCGUCGCCAGUCGUAAAGUGCCCGAAGCCAAUUCGGCGUGGAUGGACACAUUCAUUAGGGAAUACGACGAUGUGGAUGUGUCUGUCGCUGUCUCUACAGAAAAGGGGCUCAUUACGCCCAUUAUUUUCGGAGCCGACCGGAAGGGUGUGCUGGAAAUCUCGAAGAACGUAAAGGAGCUGGCGGGCAAGGCGCGCGAGAACAAGCUGCAGCCACAUGAAUUCCAGGGCGGCACCAUAUCCGUGUCCAAUUUGGGCAUGUUCGGUGUCAAUCAGUUCUGCGCCGUCAUCAAUCCACCGCAAUCCUGCAUCUUGGCCAUUGGCACAACAACGAAAAAACUCGUUUUGGAUCCGGACAGCGACAAGGGAUUCAAGGAAGUUAAUAUGCUAACCGUAACGCUGAGUGCCGAUCACAGAGUGGUCGAUGGCGCUGUGGCUGCCGUUUGGCUUCAACAUUUCCGCGACUACAUGGAGGAUCCACAAACUAUGAUACUGUAAAUUACGACAGAGUCCGUAUCGGCUGGCCAGAGAAAUUUUUUAAAUUUAGAACGAAGAUGUUAACGUAUACAAAACUGGCUGCUGGAUACUUUCGGUGUUAUUCUUAUAUAUAUUUAUUUAUAUAUAGAAACAUUGUAUAUUGUUCAAUUGGUUUUGCUGCCCACGGCCAGCGUUGUGUGUCCUGGCCUCAGUACGGCACCCACUCAACUUUUAGCGCUUAUAUAUUUAAUUGUGUUAAACCGACGUAGUUUUUAGCUGGAUGAUAAUCGAUAUGAUUUUACUCAAGCACACAAACUAAAAUUGAACAUUGUAAAUUUUCGUUAACUCAUCUGUUGAUCAUAAAUAAUAACAUUGGAAUGUCCGAAGUCGUUCAAUAAACAAAGCACAUGUAUUUAGUAUCCUA